AUGUACCGGGGCGACGGCGAGCUCGACGGCGACGAGUACAGCUGGUUCUGCGGCUGGCGCGAGCUCGAGCCCUUCUUCGCCGAGCUCGCGGGCCCGCCGUCGAAACGACGACGCGUCCUCGUGCCCGGCUGCGGCAACGACCGCGGCAACGUCGACCUCUUCGACGCGGGCUACGAGGACCUGUCGCUCUUCGACUACUCGGGCGAAGCCGUCGCGCGCGCGUCCGCGCUCUUCGGCCGGCGCUGCGUCGAGAUCGUCGAGGCGGAUUUCCGGAGCCUGCCCUUCGACGACGGCGCCUUCGACGUCGUCCUGGACAAGGGCACGCUCGACGUGCUCUACAUCACGUCCGAGGCGGCGCUGCGGGGCGCCGUCGCGGAGCUCGGCCGCGUCUGCAGGCCGGGCGCGACGGUCGUGAGCCUGUCCCGCGUCUGCCCGCCGGAGCUCCUCCUCGGCGAGUUCGGCGCGGGCUGGACACCGCUCCGCGACGGGUCCCUCUACUUCACGGACGAGGGCCACGCGACCAUCGACCUGGCGUCGGACCUGUUCGCGUGGCGACGAGACGACGAGUAA